AUAAAUGUUUGCUUUGUCGUGAUGCCACUCAGCAGAUCCAUGCCUCUUAUUCUGAAUAACUACACUGUGUCUCGUCUUGGUCGGAAGUUAUCUGUGGAUGACCAGAAAGUGCUCGUUGCACUGCCAAGAGAUAUUAUCCCUGAACGAACUUGGGCCGAGGUCCUACAGAAAGAGGACACAGAGCUGAUGGUCCUCGAGAUGCGGGAAGAGAUCGUCGAGGAAGCGAUUAAGAUCGGCUACGGGAGGUACAUGGAGCGCCAAACGGCGCCUUUCACCGCUCACUGCGCCGCUCAAGCCUGGCUUAAACUAAUAGAUUGGCACUUCUACAAACACGACCCAGGCGAAGAUCCUUCCGCCUACCCUCCCUGCUUCAUCCCAAAGCGCGUGGAAUCCUGGACUCCAGACGUGAUGCCAUUGCCCUCCCCCAAGGAUGCCUGGGGCCGGAUGAAUCUGAACGUGGUGGAGGAGGUCGUCGAGGAGACGCUGAGGAAGUGGCCGAGCUCGCAGUCCGUAGACUUGCCCGUGGUGGACGAAAUUCCGCCAGAGUGCCGGUUUCCGGGUAAAGUGAUGCUGCCAGGUUACAUGGACGAUGAAAGUUACGAUUAUGACAGCAUUACGUUUGACGAGAGCGUUUCUUCGGAUAUGGCCACCGACAGUGAGCUUCUGCAAAAGGUCACAAACUACACUCCAGCAGAGACUUCCAACAAGGAGUCAAUGACCAUAACGACAUUCGGAUCCCAAAAGGGAACAACCACGGAAACUACAGAGGCAUUAAGCUCUCUCCACGGAGGGGGGGACUCGGCCACACAUCACAAAAUACGAUCCCACUCAAACAAGAGCAAGAUCCUUACCCGAUCCAGCAUGCUGGGCAGGUCCAAAAACUCUCUGCCUCCUCUCCAAUCCGACUCGCGAUCAAAAGCAUCUGUCAUCUCAGACUGUCGGCUGAGAAGCCUCAGACUGGACACUCAAUACGAGAUAUCUUCAGAGAAGAUAGAUUCUGCGCCGAAAGUUAAUGUCAAGAAAAAGUGACAUGUUGGAUAU